AUGGUUGAUCAAUUAAGUACAUCAUCAUUAUUAAUAACUCGUCAUAAUCCUGAAACACAUAAAUCAAUAUUAUUAAUAGCUCAUACAUCUUUUUAUCAACCAAGUGAAAAAUGGGAAUAUAUUAAUUCAUUAUUAAUUGAAGGUAUUAUUGAUGAUAUUUUAUUUGAAGGAACAAUAAAUCAUCCACAAGAAAAAGAACCAGUUAGAAAUUUUCAAAGAUCAAAAGAAUAUAUAAAUGGACUUGAACAAACAAAAAUAUAUUUUCGUGAAAAUAUUUUAAUUGAACAAAGUCGUUGUAUUCGUUUAAAAUCUCCAAAUUCUCCUGAUUAUAUUGGUUUUCGAACAAUUGAAUUUACAAAUGAAUUUCGUCCCGGAUCAAUAAUUGCAAUUAAAAUUUCUCUUCUUCCACAAAUUCGUCAAUCUAUUAUUUAUCUUGAACAAUUAUUAAAUCAAUAUACAAAUUCAACAAGUCAAUUUAAUAAAAUAAUUAAACAAUUAACAUUAGUUGAUCUUGAACGUAUUAUUUAUCGUACAUCAUUUGAAGAACAAUCAGAUGGAAAAGGUUUUGAUGUUUAUAAUAUACCUGAUUAUGGUCAACUUAUUUAUUGUGGUAUUCAAGGACAAAUAUCUAUUUUAGAUAAAAUUCGUUUAUUUAAUCAAAUUAAACAUCCAUUUGUUAAUAAUUUAAAACAAGGAAAUUGGUUAAUGAAAUAUAUAUCAAAUAGACUUAAAAUUCAUCCAAAUACAAAAAAGUUAGGUGAAUGGUAUGAAAAUGCAUUUGAAUAUAUAAGUUGUUUACCACGUUUAAUGAUUCCAAAAUAUUUUGAUUUAAUAAUAACAGGUUCAUAUUAUAUAUUAAUAGAACAUGGAUAUAAAUUAAUGAAUCCAUUUAUAAUUAAAUCAUCAAAAUUUAUUCGUUCACUUUCUCAAACAACUAUUCAAUUAUUAAGUUUUAUUAAUAAUUCUCGUUUACCAUUAAUAUCAUCAAAUAUAGUUAAACCUAAUCCAAUUGAAGAAAAAGAUGAACAAACAUUUGAACGUAUUCAAUUAAUACCAUCAUUAGCUGCUGAUUUUCCAAAUUUAUCUUAUGGUAUAUGGAGAAAUUGGGGUCGUCAAACAUUUAUAUCAUUACGUGGUCUUCUUUUAUUAACUGGUAGAUAUGAAGAAGCUCGUUAUUUAAUAUUAUCUUAUGGUGGAUCUAUUCGUCAUUAUUUAAUUCCAAAUAUAAUGUAUGAUGAAAAAAAUGCUCGUUAUAAUUGUCGUGAUGCUGUUUGGUGGUGGUUAUAUUCUAUAUUAAAUUAUACGAAAUUUGUUGUUAAUGGUUAUGAAAUUCUUUGUGAUAAUAUUUCACGUAUAUAUCCUAAUGAUGAUAGUUCACCAAAAAUAGUUGAUUCAUAUAAUCAAAAAUUACAUUAUCUUAUUUAUGAAAUUCUUCUUAAUCAUAUUCAAUCAUUUCAAUUUCGAGAACGUGGAGCUGGAUAUUAUUUAGAUUCUAAUAUGAAAGAUGAAGGUUUUAAUAAUAAUAUUGGUGUUAAUUUAAAAACGGGAUUUAUAUAUGGUGGAAAUCGUUGGAAUUGUGGAACUUGGAUGAAUAAAAUGGGUUCAAGUGAUAAAGCAUCAAAUAAAGGUCAUCCAUCAACACCACGUGAUGGUUCAGCUAUUGAAUUAGUUGCAUUAUGUCGUGCAACACUUUCAUGGAUUAUUAACAUGAAUAAACAAGGAUAUUUUCCUUAUGAUUAUUUUCAAAUAUCUUUAGAAUCUGGUGAAAAAAUAAAAAUAUAUUUAAAUGAUUGGUUAAAUCGAAUUGAUGAAAAUUUUGAAAAUGAAUUUUGGAUUGAUGAAUCAAAUUCAUCAGAAUUUGUUAAUAGAAAACAAAUUUAUAAGGAUACAGUUAAUUCAACACUUGUAUGGACUGAUUUUCAAUUAAGACCCAAUUUUAUUAUUGCUGCUGUUAUUGCUCCAGAAAUGUUUAAUAAAACUCAUAUAUGGUUAGCAUUAAAACAAGUUGAAACAAUUUUAUUAGGUAAAUAUGGAAUAAAAACUCUUGAUCCAAAUGAUUAUAAUUAUAUUGGUGAUUAUGUAAAUGAUGAUGAUUCAUAUGAUUAUAAACGAGCACAUGGUUUUAAUUAUCAUAAUGGACCGGAAUGGUUAUGGUUAACAGGUUAUUAUAUACGAGCAAAAAUUUAUUGGUCAAAACAACAAAAUGAUCAAAUUAUUUAUAAACAAACAAUAAAACAUAUUCGACAAUUAAUAUCAUCACAUAUAGAUUUAUUUAUGUCAAAUGAUUGGAAAGGUUUACCGGAAUUAACUAAUUCAAAUGGUAAAUUUUGUCCUUAUUCAUCUUAUGUUCAAUCUUGUUCUUGUGCAACUCUUUUAGAAGCUUUAUAUGAUCUUUCACAAAUAUAA